AUGGAGUGGACGAGCCCGCCAGUGGGCCAAUACUACAUAUGUGCGUCUUGUAUUGCAUGCGCAUCUCGUUUGUUGGUUCGCUGCUCCCAGAUCAGAACCGAGCCGGAGCCGCAGGAGCAGCAGCAGUACCACCACGACCACCACGACCACCCGGACGAAGACGACGGGCUUCCGCGCGCGCGCGUGCUUAUCAUGGCGACCGGCACGACGAAGCCGCCGUUAUCUCUGGGCCAGGUGGGCUCACACGCGCAAUGUGGGCUCUAUUCCCGGGGUUCCAAAGGCCUUGCCUCCGCUUGUGGUUAA